CGGAAAACCAAGUGCCGUAGCCCCAGUGCAAAGUGGAGGAAAGGUCUCAAGCAGAUUCGCUGUCCGUGAACGGUCUACGGUUGCGGUUUACGGGUCGCGUCUCAGAUUUCCAUCCGUUCAAUCUAAACCAAACUAAACCAAGCUCACCUAAUCCAAAACUAAACCAAGACAGAGACCAAACAAAAUAGAGAAAAACUUGUUGAAGUACUUGAUUGAUGUGUGUGCCCAAUUGACUGCCGAAUCGAGCGAGCUAAACCGAGAAGGAGUCUCCGCUGCCUGGAAAAAAGGCAUGCAUCGGGCUCUCCAGCGCGCCAGUUAUCCAGCCUCUCAGCUCAGCCGCUCAACUUGUCGACUUUCGGCCCAAACCGCUGACCAGGCCAGGACCUCGCAGGAUCUCAGUUUCCAGGACGAAACAGAACAGAACGGGACCCGGCAGUCCUCAGCCAUGGCUGCUGAAUAAUUAAUGCAGUUUCGCUCUCCGGUGCUCGGCAAACGACAAAACUAAUUUAUGGCAUUAAAAAUGCAUAUUUUCUAGCAGUGCGUCGCCAGUUUUUAUCAUUUGCCAGGAAGGCAAAAAGGCGCAAUCCACCAGCAGCUGUGCCAGAAAAGGAAGCUGGGAAGACACGUCGGUCGAGAAUUGGAUUUGACUGCGGAGGAUUUGAAUCCGAGUCCGAAAGUUCUUUAGUCAGCAACCGAAGAAGCGCAGGAUAAUUCACAUUUUUCUCACGGCACUGGCAACGAAAUGGCUUUCCUAUGUGCACCGCUGGCCAGAAUAAUGACAUGGCGACCAUUGGUGACCUUUCGAUGAUCUCACCGCCCACGUCUUCCAUCUCGAACGACCAAGAUCCGUUUGGACAGCUGCCCCCGCUACCGCCGCCACUGCGUUCCACCCAAGUGCUCCAGCCACUGAGCGUGUUUCCAGUGUCCAAUUUGAGCGAAGAUUCCUACGAUUAUGUUUUUGGUGGUCGACGUAAGACUCCGCCCACAACAACGUCUACACAACUCAAGCUGACCUCACCGCCCGUGCGUUUGCGACCCGAAGACGCCUAUCGAGGAGCCAACAUAAACAACGGAAGGUUCUAUCGCCACUCCUUCAGCUACGCCCCCAAAAGGCAGCGCCACUCGAGUCGGGAUGAUCGAGACCGCGAGUCUAGGUUGAGAUGUCAUGGCGAGGACGAGGCCACACUGCGCCAAUUGCUGCUCGAUUUGCAAAAGCAAGUUAGCGUGAUGAGCAUGAAUCUGUCAGCGAAACUCGAUGAGCUGCAGCGGGGAGAUCGACACCUGGAGACGACGGUCGCCCUGUGCGAAAUCCGCACCCAGCUCCAGGAGCUGACCAAAUCCGUGGAGAGCUGCCAGAGCGAGGUGUCCGAGGUGAAGCGCGACAUGGUGGCCAUCAAGCACGAACUGGACACCGUGCAGCAGGUGAAGGAGGAGAUCGAGGAGCUGCGCGAAUACGUCGAUCGACUGGAGGAGCACACGCACAGACGGAAGCUAAGACUUUUAGAACAAGUUUGUAGCUUAAAUUAUUUGCCAUGUUGUGGUCUCACCUUCUUCCUCACCUACUCGAUUUUCUCGGCGGUGCUGGGCAUGCUGCAGUUCGGCUACAACACCGGCGUCAUCAACGCGCCCGAGAAGAACAUCGAGAACUUCAUGAAGGACGUCUACAAGGACCGCUACGGCGAGGACAUCAGCGAGGAGUUCAUCCAGCAGCUCUACUCGGUGGCGGUAUCCAUUUUCGCCAUCGGCGGCAUGCUGGGCGGUUUCAGCGGCGGCUGGAUGGCCAACCGCUUUGGCAGAAAAGGCGGCCUACUGUUGAACAAUGUGCUCGGAAUUGCCGGCGCCUGUUUGAUGGGAUUUACCAAAGUUAGUCAUUCCUAUGAAAUGUUAUUCCUUGGCCGAUUUAUAAUUGGUGUGAAUUGCGGCCUCAACACGUCGCUGGUGCCCAUGUACAUCUCGGAGAUAGCGCCACUGAAUCUGCGCGGUGGCUUAGGAACUGUUAAUCAAUUGGCUGUGACUGUAGGUUUACUAUUAUCCCAAGUGCUGGGCAUCGAGCAGAUCCUCGGCACCAACGAGGGCUGGCCCAUCCUCCUGGGCCUGGCCAUCUGCCCGGCGAUCCUGCAACUGAUCCUGCUGCCCGUCUGCCCGGAGUCGCCCAGAUAUCUGCUCAUCACCAAGCAGUGGGAGGAGGAGGCGCGAAAAGCCCUGCGCCGGCUGCGAGCCUCUGGUUCCGUGGAGGAGGACAUCGAGGAGAUGCGGGCCGAGGAGCGCGCCCAGCAGUCCGAGAGCCACAUAUCGACCAUGGAGCUGAUAUGCUCGCCCACCCUGCGCCCUCCGCUGAUCAUCGGCAUCGUGAUGCAGCUGAGUCAGCAGUUCAGCGGCAUCAACGCCGUCUUCUACUACUCCACGUCGCUCUUCAUGAGCUCGGGAUUGACUGAGGAGAGCGCCAAGUUCGCCACGAUAGGCAUCGGCGCCAUAAUGGUUGUUAUGACGCUCGUGUCCAUUCCGCUGAUGGAUCGCACGGGUCGCCGGACCCUGCAUCUCUAUGGUCUGGGCGGAAUGUUCAUCUUCUCAAUCUUCAUCACCAUUUCGUUCCUGAUCAAGGAAAUGAUCGACUGGAUGUCCUACCUCUCUGUGGUGGCCACCCUCGGCUUCGUCGUCUUCUUCGCGGUGGGACCCGGCUCGAUACCCUGGAUGAUCACCGCGGAGCUCUUCUCCCAGGGACCCCGGCCCAGUGCCAUGGCUAUCGCGGUGCUGGUCAACUGGAUGGCCAACUUUGUGGUCGGCAUUGGUUUCCCCAGCAUGAAGACUGCCCUGGAGAACUACACGUUCUUGCCGUUCAGCGUGUUCCUGGCCAUCUUCUGGAUAUUCACCUACAAGAAGGUGCCCGAGACGAAGAACAAGACGUUCGAGGAGAUCCUGGCCCUCUUCCGGCACAACAACGGCAGGAGUAUGCUAAACUGCACAAAUAGCUUGGAGCCACAAAGUAUGAAUUCUGGCAUCGAGCAUGCCGCCUUGAUGGUAUCUGAGGAGAAGACCCAACAUGACUCACCUGCAUCCGAGCGAUUUUUAGACGGCGGCCGAAGUACACACCAGGGCCGGAGCGCUGCCUCUGCGCCCCAUCACCCUCGUCAGCCUCCACCUGUCUGCCCGAGCAGCGGGCCUUGACUGAGGAGCGCCUCGCCUCCUGACUCUGCCAGUGUUCGUUCCACGAGUCGCGCUGAGGAGCCGCACCAGCCGCAUCAGCCGCAGCAGGCGCACCACCAACAGCAGCAGGUGCACCACCAACAGCAUCAGUCGCGCUAUGCCACACACGAAUACGUACACUGUAGCUAUGAGAAGGAAGUCGUAUGUGAUCAGGCCAAUCCCUCGCAAGCACCACCACAGCAGCCAGCACCACCAGUACAGCAGCAGCAGCAGCAACAGCAGCAGCACCAGCCACCACCGCCAUUGCACCACUGCCAGCAGCGCAAGCACAGCCACAGUCCGCACCACAGUCGCCACACGUCGCCGCACUCGCACCACCACCAUUCGCACCACAGUCGCCACAGUCGGAGGAGUCGUCGCCAGGGCAGCGGCAGUCUGCCGGGAGCGCACCAGAGCUCGGCCAACCACUCGGUGGUGCGACCUUCGAUCUGCACCAGUCGCCGGCAUCGCUCCGUUACGGACAUAUCCACGACGAAUGUGUGCCAGGACCCCGCCUGUUCGGAUCGGGAGGUUCAGGAGAUUAUGGUAAGACGUACCUGCUGCAACACCACUGCCACCAACAGCUCCUCCCGCACCGAACUGGCCCAGUGUUUCGCCGAGGACCUCUACGGCUCAUCCCGACGACCGAGUAGCUGUUGCACGAGCUCCGACUACUGCUACCAGACGGACUCGACGAGUCUGUAUGGCUCCAGGUCAUCGUUGAGUCGCAACAAUUCCAUCAAGUCUGCCUCGGCCCUGGUGCGCAAGCACCACAGGAGUCAGAGGAGCCUGCUGCCCGAGCAUCGCCACCCCAGCUAUACUUCCAUAUCGCUGAGGGGCUUGAAUGCCAGCCGCCCGAAUAGCCAAUUGGGUUCGCUGACUUCGAUCUUUGACCGCGCCAAGAACAUGGCUGCCGAGGGAUCCACAUUGGAGCGUCAGAGCUCGAAGGGCGCAUUGGGCAGCAGCGAGCUGCCGGAGUACGCCUGUUCCCCGUCGCCGAUUCGCUGGAGCUUCCUGGCCGAUGGUAGAUCACCUUCCGAAAUGGAUGGAGCAGUCGGGGGAGGUCCUGAGAGGGAACAGGAGGAGGAGGACAAGCUGGACGCCUGGCAAGUGCCCGAGCCUGAGCCGGAAAAGAAGCCCUGCCGGAAGAUCACCACCAGCUCCUUCGUUUACGACGAGGGGCCCAGCACUUCGGCAGCAGCUGCUCGGAAGCGGCGGGGCAGCAAGGGAAGUCGUGGAAGCAAGGGCAGUGGCAGCUACCAUUGUGAGUUCGAAGAUGAGGCCACCACCACGGUGAUGUUCCAUCAGGAUGCCGGCGAGGCGUACAACAAUUGCUGCAGCAACAACUACAACUACAUACAGUGCAACACGUACUUGGAUCAGGAUCUGCAGAUCACCAGCGAGGACAUCCACCAGUAUCUGUCCAAGGGCGAUGCCACAGCCAGUGACAUCCUGAACAACUCCAAAAACUAUCCCUUCCAGCCCUCGAACGCCCUAGAGUUUCAGUACAAGAACAAUUUCCAGCAGGGACAAGCGAACGCCAAUAACAAUAACACCAACACCACAAACACAGCGUCCAGCGAUGCUGCCGAGUGUUUCCAAAACUACAGGGCCAUCUCGAAGGAGACGAACCUGAACCAGAGUUCCACGGAACAGCUCUCGCCCACAAACAUCAACUUGUCAACGAGCUCGAACAACAUAAACAUAGUGUUCAGCAGCAGCUUGGAGCGGAAUGCCAACGAGGUCAAGUUUAUCAACAACAGAAGUGGUGCAGGCGGUGGUUCCGAGGUGGGCUGUGAGGUGGGUCACCAUACGGGCUAUUUGCCCUACACCUAUCCCAGCUACGAUUACACGAACAUGUCGGGGAACUCGCACUUCGAGAAGCCCCUUGGCAUAGACGAACUGCCCAAGGAGUUUUGCGGACUGGAGGGCGCUGGAGGCGGUGGCGCCUCCACCACCAGUGAGCACUCCUCGUCGCUGCCGUCGCCGCAGCCACUGACGCACCACCAGCAGCUGCACCACUUCGAGUCCUUCGACGCCGCCUCCGAACACAAUUUGCUAGCUGCCCAACCUAUGUCGCCGGGCUCGCCGCUGUCGGGGUCCGUGAACCCCGCUGGCGAUGACUUUGUCCAGAUGCACCACUACCAUCACGCCAACUCACCGCACUCACAAUCGCACCACAGCCACGCCCACACGCACACCCACGGCCACCACGUGCACCACCUGCUAAACCACCCCGCCUACGAUCUGACCGACGAUCAGUUCCGGUUGGGAUCGGCUUUGAAGCGAGUGCGCAAGCGAGCACGCAAGUACACCGAUUUCCUGCGCAAGAAGUGAGCGGAAGUGAGAAGUUCCGCGGACUCACUGCAUCCUGAAUCCUGCAUCCUCCCCUAGAUUCACCCUACUUCGGCCGCAAAUACCUGGUGGUCUCGAAGCGACGAUCGCAGAGCCUGGACGAAGACUAAUCAUGUGGCGACUGGACAAGCAAUAGCCGAGGAAGCAGCGGUGUUGUUCGGCCGAUCGAGAACCAUAAUUACAUUUAACUACAAUUUUUACACUGCCAAAAAAUUAAGUAAAUUAAAGUUAAUUUUUGCUAAGCCAAAACUCUGUUUAAAGCGAGGAUCACACAGAUCAGACACGAGCACUACGGAAAGGGUGGAUUUGCGAGGGUGGUAAAAUUCGGGUUCCAAAAUGAGGCCAUAGAAAAUUAAUGAUAUAAAGGUUCUCCUGAUGUUAUAUGGGUUAUUGUCCGUACGAUCUUGGAGAACUUGUAUAUGAUAUAGUUUUACCUCCCUGAGAUUCACUCGCCCUAAUGCACAAGCCACACACACGAAUCACAUCAGCUGCAAACACGAGAGGAAGACGAACAACGACUAUUUUAAAUAAUGAAAAGAAGUACUUAAGCUAACAGUGCGUAUACAUAAUAAAUACAAGCGGUAUCAGAGGAGGGCAUUUGUAUAUUCAACUUAAACAUAAGCGAAGGUUUUGAAUUUGCAUAUUUAAAUUGACUAAACCCAUAUACAUAGUUAAGAGCCAAGGCAAAUGGAAAUAAUAAUGCACACCUACUCAAGCCUAGAAGAUAGACAACCAAUCUAACAUACCAGUUAAAGCUAGCUAUAAGGAUGCGAUCAGUCGGAUCAGAUCGGAGCAGCGCCACAAGAUUUAGAGUUUCAGCAACCGCAACUGCAAACGCAAGUGCAACUAAAUAAUGAAAUUAACCAUUAAUUAACAACAAAACAGCAAGAAAGCAAAACAGCAACUGUAGUUUGGCACACUAAGGACAACAAGUUAAAUGUUACAAAAACGAGUGUUGAGAUAACACGAAAAAAUGAGAGUUUUGUUAGCAUUUAUUUGAUAUGCGCGUAUUUUCAGGGACUGCUUGCGAUUUUUGUAACAAAGCAAUAAGCCGUUUUGCUCAAGGAUUAAAUACGUUUUCGUUUCACCCAGAGCCCCACAAUCUUUUUGAUUUUUGAUUUCCGCAUAAUUUGUUUCAAGUGUAUUAUCCCCCAACAACUGUCUUCCAAUUAUACUUUCUAGUCGUAUCUCUCGUCGUAGCCUCAGUUGCUCCCAAAAAUAACUUAAAUACCUAAUUGUAAACUAAGCACUCCAAAUUAUUUUAAUGGCCGUUGAAUCAGACGUACCUUGCGUGAGAACAAAGAAAACCGAGAAAAUUGUAAAUAACUGCUGUUGAUUAAUUAAUAACCUAAUUUACGAGUAACAACUAAAUGAACUUAAUUUGUAGUCUUUAGCCGUGGCGAAUCAUUAUGAAUUAGUGAACCGAAAAUAAUAAAUAUAAAUGCACUGCCAAAAACAAAGGUUUUAAGUAAGAGAACAACAAGAACAAGAUCCUCUGGGAGACUCAAACGAAAAAAAAACUCCAAA